UGGUAAAAUAGAANCUGUACAGCUAUUAAGGUCACAUGAUGCUAGAUAUACAGAUUUUGAUAAAGGUGGAUCAACUCCUAUACAUUGGGCUGUUGAUGGAGGCAAUGUCAAAUUAUUAGAAUGGAUUGUAGCAGACGGUGGUGAUAUCAAUAUCAAGGACAAUAACUGUGGUUGGACUCCAUUAUUACGAUGUGCAUCUGUAGGGGGAAAUCGUGAAACUGGUUUAACAUUGUUAAUGAAUGGAGCUGAUAUCAAUGCCCAAGAUAAAGAUGGAAAGACAACAUUAAUGAUUUCAAUAUUAAAUGGAAAUAUUGCGUUAUUAGAAUUAUUAUUACAAAGAAGAGCUGAUAUAGGUGUUAAGAAUGAGCAAUAUACAUUGUUCUUCAACAUAUUUCAGUAUGUAGGCCUAUUAUGUGUUCUUAUUAAACACAUGUCAACUCAAUAA